AUGGACAACAAAACAACAACGAUUUCAAACGAGCCAAAUGAAUACAAGCGCAUAAACACUGAACAAAUGCAAGAUGUAAUCGUGGUCUGGCUAGAUACUCAUACAGUUAUUCCAUACUAUCAGAAUGCGAUGACGCAACUCCAACACAUCGCCAAUGACAUUCAUACGUUCACUGAUAAUGAUCAGUGCGUCGAGUUCAUCAUCGACAGCAUUGACUCAAAAGUGUGUCUCAUCAUUUCAGCAGCGGUCGAACAACAUGUUGUGCCAUGCAUACAUGACAUCGCAAAUAUCGACUUCAUUUUCAUAUUCUCUGACGAUCCGGAUCUAGGAGAACACUGCACUAAAAAGUGGUCCAAGGUGAAGGGUGUUUUUACAGACAUUGAAAUUAUUAGUCAACAGUUAGGAAGAAUUAUUCGUCAAUAUGACUUCAAUGCCAUUCCGAUGAGUUUUGUACCAUCUGGUAAAAGAUUGGAUCAACUCGAUCCAUCAUUUAUGUACACACAAAUCAUCAAAGAAGUACUGUUAACCAUCAAGUUUGAAGACAAGCACAGAAAAGAAUUCGUGAAUUAUUAUUGUGAUAGAUUCGUUGACAAUGAAACCUAUCGAAUGAAAGUGAAACAAUUGGAAGAUAGAUAUGAUAAGAAAACGCCUAUUUGGUGGUACACAACAGAGAGAUUCGUCUUUGGCACAUUGAACCGUGCAUUGCGAGUGAUGGAUGGUGAAGUGAUCACAUUGAUGGGAUUUUUUGUCGCUGAUCUACACCGACAAAUUGAUCAACUACACAAAGAACAAUAUAGAGAUGUCUUGUCUGCCAAUAGCUUUACAGUGUAUCGUGGUCAAGGUCUGACAAGGAAAGAUUUCAACAAAAUCGUGGCGGCUAAGGGUGGAUUGAUGUCGUUCAAUAACUUCUUAUCUACCAGUUUAAAGCGUGAUGUAUCCUCAAUGUUCCUUCCAACUGGUGUAGAGAACCAUGAUGUAGUAAGUGUUCGUUUUGUAAUGACAGUUGAUCCAAAACAAUCGACAACACCUUUUGCUUCGGUUGGUCGCAUCAGUCAGUUUCCACUAGAAAAAGAAAUUCUGUUUUCGAUGCACAGCAUCUUUCGCAUCAAUGAUGUCAAGUUAAUGGAGGGAAAUGAACAGUUGUACGAAGUGAAUUUGUCGUUGACUAGUGACACGGAUGAAGAAUUGAGCGUGCUUACUAAGCAAAUCCGGGAAGAAAGUUUUCCAAAUAUAGAAGGAUGGUUUCGAUUAAGUCUUAUACUGUCCAAGAUGGCACAAACAGAUAUUGCUGAGCGAAUCUGUAAAGCUCGAAUCAAUGAAAGCACAUGUGAAGAUCCCACAGAAAAUAUCUAUAAUCAACUGGGUGUGAUUAAAUCACAGCAAGGACAAUAUGAAGAGGCUAUGGUACUCUUUAAGAUAUCUCUUAUGUUUUGCCUUCGAUCACUUCCUUCAAGUCAUCCUUAUGUAGCUUCAUCCUGCAGCAACAUCGGUGCGCUGUAUCUGAGCAUGAAUGAUUAUACAAAUGCACUUUCAUUCUUUGAGCAAGCUCUCAAAAUUCAACUGAAGUCGCUUCCUUCCAAUCAUCCUGAUGUGGCUACAUCCUAUAACAACAUUGGCGCAGUGUAUGCCAGUAUGGGUGAUUAUUCCAAAGCACUCCCAUUCUAUGAGCAAGCUCUGAAAAUUCAACGGGAAUCAUUUCCCGCGAAUCAUCCCGAAAUGGCUGGAUCCUACAACAACAUCGGCAUUGUGAAUCUCAAAGUGGAUAAUUAUACAAAUGCACUUUCAUUCUUUAAGCAAGCUCUUAAAAUUCAACAACAGUCACUUCCUGCGAAUCAUCCUGAUGUCGCUUCAUCGCACAACAAUAUUGGCAAUGCAUACGUCAAAGCGGGUGAUUAUGAAAAGGCACUCGCCUCCUUUGGCCAAGCUCUCAACAUUUGGCAGCAAUCUCUUGGUUCCAAUCAUUCUGAUGUGGCUUCAUGUCACAAUAACAUCGGUUUGGUAUAUUCGAACAUGGGUAAUUAUUUGGAUGCACUUUUAUCCCAUCAAGAUGCUCUCAAAAUUCGGCAGCAGUUACGUCCUCCGAAUCACCGUGAUGUAAUUACAUCGUACAGCAAUAUCGGCGGUGUACAUUGUGACACGAGUAAUUAUCCGGAAGCACUUUCAUCUUAUCAACAAGCGCUCGAAAUUCAACUGAAGUCGCUUCCUUCCAAUCAUCCUGAUGUGGCUACAUCCUAUAGCAACAUUGGCGCAGUGUAUGACAGUAUGGGUGACUAUCCUAAAGCGCUUUCAUUAUGUGAACAAGCUCUUACAAUCCAACAACAAUCGCUUCCCGCUAAUCAUCCUGACAUCGCCACAUCCUACAGCAUCAUCGGUAUAAUUUAUUUCAAAAUGGAUCAAUAUUCGAAUGCCAUUUCCUGCUGCAAAUACGCCCUCCAAGUGGCAGAGCAAGCGCUACCACCAGAACAUCCUAACCUUCAACAUUACAAGAAACUCUUUGAAGAUAUGCAAGCUACAACUCAUCGUUCUAUUCCCUCAUGA